GUUGCGUUAAGCUGAGCUGUAUUCACAGAUUUUGCUGGGCGGAAUUAUAAUUUACUUUAUUUAUUUAAUUUUUGGUUUUUUUUUUGUUUAAUUUUUUUUUUUUACAAUUUACAUAAAAGUCAAAGCAGAAGACUGUGAAUUUCUCCUAGUCUUCUUGCCUCUUGCGUCACUUGGGCAGCUCUAAUUUUUCAUCCUUUUCCCCUUUUCUUCUUCUGGGUUUACUUUUGGAAUAGUUUAAGCUUCUGGGUUUUGUUCAAAUUCCAAUUUUACUAAAUUCCAUCAUCAGAUUUUGGUUGUUCUUGGGCAAAAUUGUGUUGGGUUUUGUUUGAAAUAGUUGGUGGUAAUUCUCAAUAAAUUUUGAAUCUUCAUACUUAAUCUCUCUUUUAUUGCUGUUUUCUGAAUUGGGUUUUAAGUAUUUUCUCUUAAAAUUGCUUAAUUGUAAGUUGUUUCAGACCAAAACUUAAGCUUCCUGUGGUUUUUGAUCUGAUUGUAUUAAUAAAUUAGGGUUUUUUUAGGGUAUUUUGCUUGUUAAAAAUUGUGGGUUUGGGAUUUAGGAACGGGGUUUAUUAGUUUUUUGGGGUUUAGAUUGAUUCUAGUUAGAUUUUGGGGGUGAUCACUUUAUCUUAUUCAUUUGGGCAGUUUUUGGUUCAUUUCUGGAUUGUUGGGCGCUAAAGAUUGUCUCAUUUCAAAGGAGUUGUACUAUAUAUUUGGUUAUUUGGAGGUUAUUCUUCCUGAAUUGAUAAAGAGGUUGUGGAGGCGGUGAUGAUGGUUGUUCAUGGGGAGCCAAACAGUGAGGGCUGGAGUGCAAGCUGAAAAGGCGGCUUCAAACGGGAUGCCGAAUUUUGAUCCUCCUAUACCAAUAUCUAAUACACUACCCUGUGAUUAGUUCAACCAUAUCAGUUGGGGGUCAAGUUGUUCCAUCUGAUCCUUUUCAUAGUAUCUCUAUUAAGAAGGCAUCACCAGGUUUACUAUUUAUAAAUCCAUCUGCUACGCAAUCACAAUCCAGUCUACAAAAGAAUCUGAUUUCUUUUUCUAGUGGUAGUUUAGAAAAUUGGGGAGAGUCUAACAUGGCAGACGGUAGUCCAAGAACUGAUAUUUCAACAGAUGCAGACACAGAUGAAAGAAACAAGAGGUUUGAUAUAGUUACAUCGGCUCAUGCAGCUUCUGAUUCGAGUGACAGAUCCAAGGAGACUAAAGAUCAGAAGACUCUACGAAGGCUUGCUCAGAAUCGUGAGGCAGCAAGGAAAAGUCGGCUGAGAAAAAAAGCAUAUGUGCAACAGCUGGAGAGUAGCAGAUUAAAGCUGACUCAACUCGAGCAGGAGCUCCAACGAGCACGACAACAGGGAAUUUUUAUUUCAAGCUCAGGGGAUCAAGCUCAUUCAAGUGGUGGAAAUGCUGGAGCAAUGGCCUUUGAUGUAGAAUAUGCUCGCUGGCUGGAAGAGCAAAACCGUCAGAUCAAUGAAUUAAGAGCAGCAGUUAAUGCUCAUGCUGGUGAUGCUGAACUUCAUGUCAUUGUUGAUAGUGUUGUGGCACAUUAUGAUGAUAUUUUUAGGCUCAAGUCCAAUGCUGCCAAGAAUGACGUUUUUCAUCUUUUGUCGGGUAUGUGGAAAACACCUGCUGAGAGGUGCUUUCUGUGGCUAGGGGGCUUCCGUUCAUCUGAGCUUCUUAAGCUUCUUGUAAAUCAGCUGGAACCUCUGACAGAACAACAAGUGAUUAACAUUCAGAACUUGCAGCAGUCUUCACAACAGGCUGAAGAUGCGUUGUCUCAGGGAAUGGAGGCCCUGCAGCAAUCACUGGCAGAAACUUUGUCCAGUGGUAAUCUUGGUUCAUCAGGUUCAUCUGGAAAUGUUGCAAAUUAUAUGGGUCAAAUGGCCAUGGCUAUGGGAAAACUUGGUACUCUUGAAGGGUUUAUUCGCCAGGCUGAUAACCUACGCCAACAAACACUACAACAAAUGCACCGGAUAUUGACGACGCGACAGUCAGCUCGUGCACUUUUAGCAAUUCAUGAUUAUUUCUCCAGGCUGCGUGCUUUGAGUUCCCUUUGGCUUGCCCGUCCAAGAGAAUGACAACUUUUUAACUCAUUAAUCAGGAGUAGCUUUGUUAAAUGGCUGGCGCGGAUUUAUUUGAGAGAUCAGCAUGCCAACCAGAUUCGUUCAUUGGCCCACAAGUCAUUGCCUGUGUAUUAUCAGCACCAUGACCAACACUGUUGUACCAUAUUUACUGACUAGAGAGUUGUGAGUUUCUAUCAUUGUUUUCCGCUUCAAUCAGAUCAGUGAUGGAAUAUUUAAAAUUGGCUUGUAGUUAUGUUGAUGUAUUGAUAUCAUGGGUAAAUUAUUUGAGAAAAUGAAAAUGAAAAUGUUAACACAAAAUUUGAUAUACUGCGUACUAAAUUUUAUGUGAUGCAUUUGUAGUUUGGCCUUGUUAAAAAA